CACGGCCAUCGUAUCAUGGCGGAGCGCGUGUCGGGGAGGAUAAUGACCUGGUGACCUCAAAUUCCUCCUGAUCAUGUGGUUUUUAUCGCAUUCGCGGACGGAGCGUUGAAUUGGGCCGUUUUAAAAUAUUUUCUUGACGAGGGGAAGGUGUGCUGAGCUCAAGUGAUCGACCAUGGAGGGCCAGGGAGGGAAGAAGAAGGGUGGGAAUCCUUCUACCACCCAGGUUCCUGUGGAGAGCCUCGCUGAAGUGUUCCGAUGUUUCAUCUGCAUGGAGAAGCUGAGGGAUGCUCACCUCUGCCCACAUUGCAGCAAAUUGUGCUGUCUGCAGUGCAUUCGACGCUGGCUGACGGAGACGAGACCCCAGCAGUGCCCGCACUGCCGGGCGCAUUUACGCCUGCACGAGCUCGUGAACUGUCGAUGGGUGGAGGAGGUGACGCAGCAGCUCGACACUCUCCAGGCCAGCGGAGGGAGUCCGGGAUCCCUCGGAAUGACGAGAGGCUCCAUCACCGAUGCAGCCGAGAGAGACAAGUGCGAAGCGCAUCAGGAGAAGCUGUCAGUCUAUUGCCGCACCUGCAGCGGGAGCAUCUGUCAUCAGUGUGCCCUCUGGGGAGGAACCCAUUCGGGCCACACGUUCAAGCCGCUGGAGGAGAUCUACGAGAGUCAUCGGUCUCAGAUCCGGGAGCAGGUCGCCCAGCUCAGACGAAGGCUCAUGGAACUCAUCUCUUUGGACCAGGAAGUGGAAAGGAACGUGGAGAGCGUUCGAGCUGCCAAGGACGAGCGGGUUCGGGAGAUCCGCAAUGCCGUGGAGCUCAUGAUAGCUAGGUUGGAUUCUCAGCUGAAAGCAAAACUAUUGACCCUGAUGGGACAGAAAAACACACUGACGCAAGAACGAGAACAAUUGGAAUCCAUGCUUGGGGAGGUGGAGGGAGCCAUGAGCAACUUGAGCAAGAGUCAACUCAUAAGCCGAUCCGGUGAGAUCCUCCAAGGAUUGAAGCAGACCCUGAGAAGACCAGUCGGCCCUGUCGUUUCCGCUCCGGUGCCGGCAGAUUUCCACAGCGAGAUCGUGCCACAAUACGAUCGUAGCACUUUCACGAUGAGGCACUUCAGCCAGCUGCAACACAAGGCAGAUCCGGUUUACUCCCCCCCAUUGCUGGUCAAUGGAUUGUCAUGGCGACUGAAAGUCUACCCCGAUGGGAAUGGAGUUGUUCGUGGAAAUUAUCUCUCAGUCUUCCUUGAACUCAGUGCUGGGCUUCCUGAAACUUCCAAAUAUGAAUAUCGUGUAGAGAUGAUAUAUCAGGGUAGUCAUGAUUCAAGUAAGAACAUCGUCAGGGAAUUUGCAUCCGAUUUUGAGGUCGGGGAGUGCUGGGGCUAUAACCGUUUCUUUCGCCUCGAUCUUCUGGCCUCCGAAGGGUACUUGAACACUGAGACUGACACCCUUGUUCUGAGGCAAGUGUUCCAAGUGCGCCCACCCACCUUCUUCCAAAAGUGUCGGGACCAACAGUGGUACAUCAACCAACUUCAGUCUGUUCAAGCACAGUACUUGACCCAGAUCAAGGAACUGAAGGAGAGAUUGGCAGUGGAGUUGACUCGCUCUUCAUCUGCCAACGUGUCCUCGAGGCUGUUGCCAAGGAAGGCUCCCCCUUACCCACCCCGCCCAUCACCAUCAUUCAAGGAAAGCAAGGGAGGAAAAAGUGCAUCCACACACGGAGGCGAAAUGGAGGCGGAGUUGCAGAACACGUCUUCCGAAUCCGAGAACGGCUCCGAUGGAGAGGACGACGGCGAGGUGGACGAGAGAGCCAAGCCGGAGGGAGCCGGAAUGAGAGAGACUGACGAGAACGAUGUUGAUGAGGAGACCAUGUCUGGUGAAAAUGAUGUCACACAGUCAUUAGGGUUUUCAGAUCCAGAUCAAAUCGAUCUUCCUACCAACCCAAGGAAAUCGACAGAACGGGACUGUGAGAGAUUGAACGGCGCUGGAGCUGCAAUGGAUACUGGAGGAGAUCUACACGAAACCAUGCUGAUGAGAUUCUUGGAUCAGGCUGGGUCUCUGUCUCCAUCGGCUCGACUGAAGCGUAACCCAGGCUCCCGCUGGAGGAGAAGUGGUUCUGGGGAGGAAGGAAUCGGAAGCAGCCUGAGACUGAGUUGCAGCCCCAUUCUCGCAGCUUCGAGUGUGUUCGACACUCUGGGUGUUGCCAUGAAUUUGGACAGCCUGAGGUGUGCUACCACUGGAGGAGUAGAUGUUCCCACUUCAGCUGAUUCUGGGUCUACUUCCUUUCUUCCUGAGCCAAAGGGAGUGUCCUUGAGUGCAUUGAGCGACCUGGCCUUGGACAGCGUCCUGGGUCACCCAGACGUCGACCUCAGCCUGGAGCAUCUCUUCCCCUCCCACACGGGAUCCUCUGAGCGGCUCAUCGAGGAUCAGGAUCCAUGCAGCAGCUUCCCCGUGAUCCGCAGUGAGGGCGAGCGGGAGCAUUCCCUCGACGCCGAACUUCCCUCGCACCCUCCGGGGGAUGGAUGGAGAGCCAAGUUUCAUGGGAUCAUCAUCAUCCUCUUCCCAAGAUGGGCCUUCCUGGCUGAAGCGCAUCGGAAAGGAGCCCCUGUCCAAUGACAUCGACCAAGUCUGCACUCAAGAUCCUGCCAACAAGGAUCAAUCUCCACACAAGCCGGACGAGGGGCGAGGCAGCACUUGAGCUGGUGCAGACUCCAAACCACUUUUGAAUCUCUCUCUUGUCUUUCACAAACUUGCCCACUCUUGUUUCCAUUCCAUUUACAGUAAAUGAUGAUUCCCCCCCUUGAGAAAGAGCACCCAAAAUUGGGCUUCAGGAGCAAAGUACUGCAAUCCACA